AUGGAUCUUCGUGUCGGCGGUAAAUAUCGUCUCGAAAAAAAGAUUGGCUGUGGCUCGUUUGGUGAUAUUUACCUUGGAAUCAACAUCAUCUCCGGUGAGGAAGUGGCCAUCAAGCUCGAAAGUGUCAAAGCCAAGCAUCCUCAACUCGAAUACGAAGCCAAGAUCUACAAAACUCUCGCCGGUGGGGUCGGAGUUCCGUUUGUGAGAUGGUAUGGUGUCGAGUGUGACUACAAUGCGAUGGUCAUCGAUCUGCUCGGCCCUAGCUUGGAAGACUUGUUCAACUUUUGUAAUCGCAGAUUUAGCCUCAAGACUACCUUACUCCUCGCUGAUCAGUUGAUCUCCCGAAUCGAAUAUGUCCACUCCCGAAACUUUAUCCAUCGUGACAUCAAGCCCGACAAUUUCCUCAUGGGCGUCAACAAGCGUGGAAACCAAGUGAAUAUCAUCGACUUUGGUCUGGCCAAGAAGUAUCGUGACCCCAGGAGUCACUUGCACAUCCCAUACAGAGAGAACAAGAACCUCACCGGAACGGCCCGAUACACCUCCGUCAACACCCAUCUCGGUGUCGAACAAUCCCGUCGAGACGAUAUGGAAUCACUCGGUUACGUGUUUAUGUACUUCCUCCGAGGGAACUUACCCUGGCAAGGAUUGAAAGCGGCGACUAAGAAGCAAAAGUACGACCGAAUCAUGGAGAAGAAGAUGACCACUCCAACCGAAUUCCUCUGCCGAGGUUUCCCGAAAGAAUUUGCCAUCUAUCUCAACUAUUCGCGAUCCUUGAGGUUCGACGAUAAGCCCGACUAUCCCUACCUUCGCAAGCUCUUCCGUGACCUGUUCGUUCGCGAGGGUUACACGUACGACUACGUCUUUGAUUGGACGAUUGCAACCCGCAACGGGAACGAGGCUUCGGUCCCAACCAGAGAACAAGUGGCUGCCAAAGACCGAAACCCUGCCGGUGCCGCUCCGGAGGCUAGUCCUGCCGUCGCCUCAAGCAGAAAGGUCAUCGUCGAACCAGCUCCCUUCAUCUCGCUUGACUGAUCGGAAGCUUCCUAGCAAGCCCAAACUGGCCGAAGAACAAGAAUGCGCCCACUUCAAUAAUAGGGGCCACAAUUCACCUGAUGGCUGGGGUCGAUUUUGAUCAUUAUGAUUUUUUUUUUUUUUUGGAGUGGCGAGUAGUGGGGGUGAUGGGAAGAAGGUCUAGUGUUGGAUAUAUACGAGUGCUUGGCCCGAUCGAUGGACCCGGCAGGCGAGCGGGGGAUAGAUGGGGGAUACAGUCUUUGUGCAACUAGAAAGAAGUAAUAUGGAUUUUAAGGAUGGUGUGAUGAGGACGGACAAGGAAACAAGAAGAAGAGGGGAUGGUGAGGUGGAAGGACGAGGCGAGGAAGGGCUGGUGGACGCAGAGACGAUGGUCGAUCAGGCCGGUUACCCAUACCUGUUUCCAAUCCCCAAUCUCUCCCUCUCCCUCUCCCUCUGUUCAUUAUGUUUUUUUUUCAUGGGAUGGCUCUUCGGACAUCCUUACUGUUCACAUAGCCAUCGCUCUCUCUAGUCUCCUGUCACAUACUCCCUAUGUAGUCUCACCUCUCCUUCCACACUAUGAAACCGGUCAUCUUUCUUUUUUCACUUCCCUAGUUUCUCUGGCCAAUCUUUCUUCUUUCCUUUUUUUUUUUGGUUCUCAAAGUGUUUUUUUUUGUUUUCUUCUUAUCCAAUGUGUCUCGAAUUCCUUACUCUCCUCUAGUCCUCUACCUCCACCUUCUAGGGUUUUUCUUCUUCCCGUCUUCUUCCUCCCGCCUUGUUGUCCUUUUCCCACUCUCACACCGGUGCACUCUUGUCAUCAUCAUCAUCCUCUUGUUUCCCCAAACCCACAGAGAUGAGAAGCUCUUGGCCUCACUUGUUUUUUUGGUGUAUAUGUAUGUAUGUAUCUCCAUUGAUCAUGUUUGGCCCUGAUUCCCAGAGAAACCUUGCCCAGUUUAACAUACAUACAUACAUGCACACACUUCACUUGGUUCAGCCAUUGGUUAGAUGGGACAUUCAAGUUGAUACUGCACUGUCCUCAUUCACUACACCUGCAUCAAGAAAAAACAUACAAUCAUGCUACAUAAAUACACAAUCCUCUUCUAAUCACUGGGUUCAUCCAUCUUCCAUUGAAUCAGAUUGAGAAAAAUCAGAGUCCAUUCAAUCUAUCUUCCUUGUAAUGUUCUGG